GUCACGGGCAGCAACCAAAACCGCCAGAAAGAACUGCAGCACAGAACCGGCAAGGCCAGGCAGGCCAUGGGGCUCUGGGUGCUGCUGCCCAGCUGGGUUUCCGCUACGUUGCUACUGGCACUGACCGCCCUGCCAGCAGCCCUGGCCGCCAACAGCAGUGGCCGAUGGUGGGGCAUCGUGAACAUAGCCUCCUCCACAAACCUGCUAACGGAUUCCAAGAGUCUCCAGUUGGUGCUAGAGCCCAGCCUGCAGCUACUGAGCCGCAAGCAGCGGCGACUGAUCCGACAGAAUCCGGGGAUCCUGCACAGUGUGAGUGGAGGGCUGCAGAGCGCAGUUCGGGAGUGCAAGUGGCAAUUCCGAAACCGCCGCUGGAACUGCCCUACGGCUCCCGGGCCCCACCUCUUCGGCAAGAUCGUCAACCGAGGCUGCCGGGAAACAGCAUUUAUCUUCGCGAUCACCUCCGCUGGGGUCACACAUUCGGUGGCGCGCUCCUGCUCGGAAGGUUCCAUUGAGUCUUGCACCUGUGACUACCGGCGGCGUGGCCCUGGGGGCCCCGACUGGCACUGGGGAGGUUGCAGCGACAACAUCGAUUUCGGCCGCCUCUUUGGCCGAGAAUUCGUGGACUCUGGGGAGAAGGGACGAGACCUGCGCUUCCUCAUGAAUCUUCACAACAACGAGGCAGGGCGCACGACCGUGUUCUCUGAGAUGCGCCAGGAGUGCAAAUGCCACGGGAUGUCCGGCUCCUGCACGGUGCGCACGUGUUGGAUGCGGCUGCCCACGCUGCGCACUGUGGGCGACGUGCUGCGCGACCGCUUCGACGGCGCCUCCCGCGUCCUUUAUGGCAACCGGGGCAACAAUCGCGCUUCGCGGGCGGAGCUGCUGCGCCUAGAGCCAGAAGACCCUGCGCACAAGCCGCCCUCCCCUCAUGACCUUGUCUACUUCGAGAAAUCGCCCAACUUCUGCACAUACAGUGGACGCCUGGGCACAGCCGGCACAGCUGGGCGUGCUUGCAAUAGCUCUUCACCAGCGCUGGACGGCUGCGAGCUACUGUGCUGUGGCCGGGGCCACCGUACGCGCACGCAGCGCGUCACGGAGCGUUGCAACUGCACCUUCCACUGGUGCUGCCAUGUCAGCUGCCGCAACUGCACGCACACGCGCGUACUGCACGAGUGUCUGUGAGGCCCUGCGCCUGCGUCCGGGAACUCCUUCAUUUUCAGCUCUCCCCUGAAAAACUCUCUGGCACCCAAGACUCACCCUAGCGCCUCCAAUCACAUUCCCGAGGCUCCUAGCGACCCAUCUCCUCUUCCCACCUCCUACCUGCGGGCUCCUUAAACCACUUGUCUGAGACGAACCCUUUUGCCAUCCUGAGGGCCCUGCCCCAACCUACCUCCCUCCCUCUUUGUGGGAGACCCCUUGUUGCACUGCCCCCUACUUGGUCAGGGGAUGAGAAGAGGGUUCCUCUUCUCCUGGGGGAGGCCAGGGGUCAGUUAGGAGGUGUUGUAGUCCCUGCUGUAUUGUGCCAGUGACUUCUCUGUCUCCCCCUUUGCUUCCAUCCUCUCCGAGUCCCUACAGACAGGCCCCUUCCAUUCUCACCAACUCACCUGGGCAUCAAGGCCUUUCCCCGCCCACCCUUAGCUGAAGUUAAGACGUUCCAAGGUGGAAGGGCGGCUGUGAUGAUGUGGGAAAUGAGGUUAGGAAACCCCACAGAAAAGCCUCCAUUCUCCUAGUCCCUGAUAUGGAGCCACUGAACAGCUGUGAACCAGGCCUCCCUCAGCCACCUCCCACCCCUUCCUGUCCAGCCUCCUCAUCAGCGUGUAAAUAAUUUGCACUGAAAUGUGGAUACAAAGCCACGAGUUCGGUUAUGUAAAUAAAACUAUUUAUUGUGCUGGGUUCCAGCCUGACUUACAGAGACCACUUUCACCCCCACUCCCCUGUUCUGCCCUCGGCCCUGUUGCCAUCCAACCUUUUUUCUUCCACCCGGUUUCUCAAAGAUGCCCCUGCCCACUGGAUCAGUAUUCCCUUCCCCUGUAGCUAUCAGUGGCUCGCCCCCACCAAUGUAUCUUUCUCUGAAGAAUAAA